GAAAUCGUUGGCGUGUUCGGUUCGUUUGCUUAUCGAACAGUUGGAAACUCGGAAAUUCGGUUGCUUCUUGGUGCGGGUGGCGGCAAUCGGAAAACGCGGAAAACUCUGCGCGCCCCUUCAGAGUUUUUCCAACGUGAGUGGGCCAGUUGAAGUGCAAUUGCCAAGAAAAAUAACAAACAAACGGCUAAGCGCAUCAGUCGUCAGUGCCAAUGUGUUUAUGAUAAAACCUCGACGAAAUUGAAACGUAAUCGGGCGAAAGUUGGCCGGCAAAGUGCGUACAUAAACGGGCUGGGAAAUUAAGAGGAGCAGCCGCUUCAAAGGAAGCCAGUUCGACCGACUGUCAGCCAGUCCGUCAGCCGGCCAUAUUCGAGGUGAUUCCCCUUCCUGCCAGAGUUCUGUCAACGAAAUGACAUGCAGCAUCUGUCUAUGUGGCCAUCGGGCCAGGACGUGAAGCUGUCCCGCUGUUAGAGAGCAAACCCCGAUGCUCGAUUCUCGAUGCCCCGAUGAUGCUAUUUUUAUGAGGCCCCAGACUACGACGACGACGACGACGGAUGCGUGGCCCCAUGAAAAAUCAAUUAACACGCAAAAUUAUUAAAGACGAAAAACAAAAACGAAAACGAACGAAGCGCGAGUGGUACUUGGGGUUCCGGAUCUGUGCGUUCCCGUUCCCCCAUCAUUAUCCGAUCCUUCCCCGCCAUAUCUCGCGUAUAUAACUUCAAAGCAGCUGCAACGGAAUGUCGCGCCUCCGUGGAUUAGGAUGGCUCUGGCUGGCACUGCUGGCCAUACUGCAAUUGCAAACUGUCGCAGCCAUAAAAGUUUCGCUGUUCGGCGAUGGCUAUGUAUCGAUGCCGCUGCAGGAGGCCAAGAUGUCAACGAACAUUCGCGUCAAGUUUCGCACCAGGCAGGAGAACGCCCUCCUCUUCCUGGCCGCCGGACGGACCGACUACUGCCUGCUGCGCUUGGAGAGCGGGAUGAUCAGUUUCAGCUAUAAAAUCGAACGGGAUGUGGUGCAGUUACGCUCGCCCAAAAAGCAAAAGCUCAACGACUUGGAAUGGCACGAUGUAGCGGUGCAGCGGUUCGAGAACAAUAUCACCUUGCAGGUGGAUGGGUUCAUAAUGCGCAAACAGCUGCCGGGCGAUCUCACCGCUCUGAAUAUCCAUUUCGGUACUUUUCUGGGCGGCGUGGGGGACUUUUCGGCCGCGUUUUUGGAUGAUGUUAUCGGUUUUCGGGGCUGCAUAUCGGAUGUCUUUUAUAACAACAUCAACAUCAUCAAGAGGGCCAAGGACCGCACGAGUCACACCACCAGUACCGGAGUGUCCUGGACUUGCAGCACUGAGUUCGAUGGUACGCUGCAGGACAGUAUAAGUUUCUUGAAGAACGAUUCCUACUCACUGAUGCUGAAGGAGUCGCAUGCCAUUGGGGAAACUCUCUCCUUGCAAUUCCGCACAAUGGCUAGUGCUGGCGUUAUUUUCUUCAACGGCGGCUUUGAUUUUAUACUGCUCGAAAUAGCGGAUCAGCGCUUGAAGGUGACCUUCAACAAGGCCGGCAGUCUGGUGCAGUUCAUGACAAAUGAGCACAUCUCCGAUGGCAAAUGGCAUCGGGUUCUGCUGCGAUAUAAUGCUGCCAUUGCGGAGCUAAUCCUCGACGAUGCCACGAGCGGUUAUCGGGGAGCUCACGCUAAUGAGACCAAGGCGAGCAUAAAUCUCGAGAAGAGCGUCUUCUUUGGCGGCGUCCAGGAGGAGAUGCGCCGCCGGCUCAUCGGCAAGGGAUUGCGCAUAAACGAGAUCAGCUUCAAGGGCUGCAUGCGGGAAAUCCGGGUCAAUGAUCUUCCACUGGGCUUCGCCGAGAUGACCAUCUCGCGCAGUCUGGCUCUCAACUGCCUGUGGAAGUAUCCCUGUGUGGAGUACAAUCCCUGCCUGAAAAGCGGAGUCUGCAGUCAGCACGGAGUGGACGGGUUCAUCUGCUACUGCGAUCAGUCCUACUGCAUCAAGGCCGAUUUUCAGGGGCCUUUUAAGAUCUUUACCGAAACAAGUCCAGAACUUGAGCUGCUCUAUGUCUCUCCCAUGCAGCUUUUGGAAGGCGGAACAGCCUUUCUCUCACAACAUUUCAUAGACAUCACACUCGAUCUGCGGCGCUAUCCCAGCCUUAACGAACAAUCCAUAAUUUUUCAUGUUGUACAUCAGCCAAAAUAUGGACAACUUCUGCAAUAUUCACCUGAAACAGAUAACUUUGUGCCCUGUCGCUCAUUUAAUCUGGUUGAUUUGGUCAGAGACAAACUUAAGUACGUGCACAAUGGCCAAGAGAACUUUAAUGACCAUGCCACUUUGGACAUGCAGGUCUUUGGAGAUGUGCACAAGAUACCCGAGAACAUAUUGGGCAAACACAGGUUCCUAUUGCACGCGAACAUAACACCCAUUAACGAUCCGCCACAAUUGAAAUUGCAUUCGCAUAAAAUCCUGCGAGUGAUCGAAGGAAUUGAAAGGGUGCUAGAUGUGGAUUUAUUUAACAUUGACGAUCCAGAUAGCGAACCUGGAAAUUUGAUCUACACUAUAUUGCCUACACAAAAUCCUCGGGAGACCUUUGGUUGUUUUAUGGUCGGAGGUGUGACCACAUCAACCUUUUCCCAGGCGGAUGUGAAUGUGGGAAAAGUAUCGUAUCUGUACAACUCCACAACAACGGAAUCUUUCAGCUAUCAACUGCAGCUACAAGUAUCCGAUGGCAUCGAGACGAGUGAUACGGAUUAUCUGCCAGUUUCAGUGCAUCCUCUUGAGCUGCGAUUGGUCAAUAACACGGGUCUGAUAAUGAUCCACAAGAGCUCUUUACCGUUGAGCCCAGCAAAUCUGUCGAUUGGCACCAAUGCCGUGGAUGAGCACAUCGACAUUAGGUACGAUAUUGUGAAGGCACCGCAGCAUGGAGUUCUCCAACGGCUGAGGCAGAUUGAUGGCUCCUGGGUAAACGUGGACUGGUUCAGCGAUAGCCAGCUGCUGCUGGGCCACAUUCGCUAUCUGCACAGCAGCGAUUUCCCUUGGCAAGACGAAUUCAAGUUUAUUGCCUCGUUUGGCUUUGUGACCACGCAAACGUUCGACUUCCGCAUCACAUUCACGCGCCUGCGCAUAACGAGCACCAGACCCUCGCAGAUCUCGAUCAAUGGCAGCCGGGAGAUUCUGCUGACCAGCGAUAUACUCUCGUAUGAGACCGCGCCCAUCGGGAGUUUUCCGCGCAGCGUGAUCUACAAGAUAACGAAGCCGACUCGCUACGGGGGCAUCUAUGUGGAGGGAUCUAGGAAGGCGGCCAAGCAGUUGGACUCCUUCACCCAACAGGACAUAGAGAAGCGAAGAAUUCGAUAUCAAACGCACCACACCAGCUACUCCAGCUUCACCGAUCAGCUGGAAUUUGUGGUUUCCGUUGCGGAAUGCGAUGAUGUGAUGGGCACUCUGGAGAUUAACUACCGACCGCCCGAGGAGCUAAUCAACAAGCUGGGCUAUCAAAGUCACGAGGCACUGCAGGUUCAGGAGGGAGAAAGAGCUCUCAUCACCAAGAAUCACUUUGAGAUACGAUUCAACAUCUUUGAGAGCCUGCAGUUUCAGGUUUCCACGAGUCCAGAACAUGGUGUUAUAUGCAAGUACGAUGAGCAGACGGGUCUUACAGUGCCCGUGGAAAUGUUUACCCUGGACCAACUGUUUCGAAACGAUAUAUACUACUGCCACGAUGAUACGGAAUCCACCAGGGACACCUUCGAGUUGCUCAUACUCUCAGGGGACGAUACAGAUCUUCAGUUCGUCUCCAAUAUGGAAGUUAACAUUAAGCUGGUAAACGACAAUGAACCCUAUCGCACUGGCAUUGAGCGAGUUUUCCAUGUGGUGAGAAAUGGCAUCAGGACCCUCAAUCCUGCAGUGCUGCAGUAUCUGGACGCGGAUGUUAAUACCAACCACACUGAUAUUCACUACAUCCAUGUAUCCAGCACCAAUGGAGCUUUCUACAAGAGUGGUCACUAUGUAGACAGCUUCACUCAGGAUGAUAUAGCGAACAGGAGGAUCAUGUUCCAGCAUACAGGUGCUGAUUCCGGAACGGCUUCCUUUAUAGUCACCGAUCGCGAGUAUGAGGUCAAUGGUUUGCUGGAGAUCAGUGCCUCUGAUCCCUUUGUCUCCAUGAUGGCUACGAAUGCCUCCAUUGUUCAGGAGAGUAAAUUUGUCGUGCUCAAGAACAAAGAUUUUAUUUUGGAAACCAAUUUGGAUAUGAAACUGGAUGAAAUUUACUACGAAAUUAUCAAGCCCCCCUCGUAUGGCAUUCUCAUGUAUUUGAGUAAGGCCAAUGAGGGCGAGAAUGGAACUACCAUCUAUAAGGCCACAAAUUAUACUUCCUUGAGCAAUUUUACUCAUUUGGAUAUUGAGCGGGAGAGACUGGUCUACUGGAACACAGAAAUCGCCUCGAUGGAUAAAGUUAGAUAUCGGGUGCACAUUAAAAACAUAACAGCUGAGGGAGAGGUCAUGUUCCGGAUAUAUCCUUCUGCAUACUGGGAGCCCUUGCAAGUGAAACAGAACCACACACUUUAUGUGGAGGAAUCCACCAGUGUACUUAUCUCCAGGGAUGUUUUAGAGGUGGUUCAUCUCAAUAUUUCGCCAGGGGACAUAACCUUUUUAGUGACAUCCUCACCCAUGCAUGGCUAUCUGGAAAUGCAGUCCAUGUCCUUUGAUGACGAAUACAACUGCAAAGUGUUCGAUCAGUCUUCAGUGAAUACUGAAAAGAUGUUCUAUAUACAAGCAGGAGUCAACCAAUCCACAGACUACUUUGUCUUCGAUGUUACCAAUGGCAUUACUUGGCUCAGACAACUGACAAUGAAGAUCGUCAUCAUACCAGAAAAGCUUUACAUGCACUCGAAUAUUAUUUCAGUGGUAGAGGGAAAAACUGUGCAACUAAAUCCUACGGAUAUACAGCCCUAUUCAGAGUACUAUCGGGGGAAAAUACUGGAGUACAUAGUGACCAUUACACCGAAUUCCGGUCACAUAUUGGCUGGCAGUUCCAAAGUCAAGAGGUUUACCCAAAAACAAUUCGAACAGGGUAACAUACAAUACGUCCACAAUGGCAGCGAAAAUGCCACCGAUAGCAUCACUUUGGUGGCCAUGGCCAGGAACAAGGAGAGUGUUCCCUUCGAGCUGGAAUUCGCUGUGGUUCCAGUUAAUGAUGAGGAGCCCAUGAUAGUCACCAAUACAGGAUUGCAGGUAUGGAAUGGAGGACGCUACGUGAUCAGGAAUACCGAUCUGUUGGCUCGCGAUUACGACACUCCACCGGAGAAUCUCACCUUUAUUGUGAACCACAUAUAUGGUGGUUUUUUGGCAAGGAAAUCCGCACCGCAGCACAAAAUCGAACAGUUCACCCAGGCCCAAAUAAACCAGGAAGAAAUAUAUUUCAUGCAGGAUUCCAGCUCCAGGAGAAAUGAAUUAUCGUUUGUGGUUACAGAUGGUUUAUUUAACACCACCACUCAGAUGCUUAAUAUCGAGAUUAAGCCCAUUGAAAUUCUGGCUGAGCACAAUGAAAAUCUGCAUGUUUUCCCUUUGACAAAAAAACAAAUUCUACGCGAUCAUCUACACUUUAAAUGUUCCGAUGAGGAGCGGGAAAUUCGCUACAACAUUACAGUUCCUCCAAGUCUGGGUCGCAUAGUGAAUGAAUUUAUUGAUAAUGGUUUUACAAAAGAAGUCAGCGAAUUCACCCAAAACGAUGUCGAUAAUGGUCAUAUAUUCUAUGAGCACACAGCUGUUAUCAUGGAAUUCAGGAUCAAUGAUUCAUUUUACUUCGAUGUGGUGGCUGAAAGAAGUGAUCGUUUAUUGGAUCAAAAAUUCAACAUAGAGAUAUCGGUUUCUUCUGGGGGCUUACUAAGAUUCCUACCCGUGAAUAAGCUAAACGUAGAUGAAGGAGGAUCGGUGCCUAUAAAGCUGGAUUUCUCGAAGAUUUUGGAGUACCUCAAAACCAAAGCUGGCAUAAAUAAUCCAGAGUUGUUUAUAGAGGCUGUACAAAAACCAGCCCAUGGCAACAUAGGUCUGGGUCAUGAAUUCAAGCACAUGCAGAAAUAUCACCCAAGUGAUUUCUUUACAAAGAAGGUAUACUACAUACACGAUCAUUCGGAUACUUUGGAGGAUACCAUACUGAUGUCAGUUUACCUAACUCAAGGGAACAUUUUCCUUUGCAAUUUGACGAUACCUGUGUCUAUUAAUCCCAUCAACGAUCAACCCUUCCAUUUGAUCACCCACUUGCCCCAAAUGACUGUUGUCGAGGGUGAAAAUCGUACAAUAACGAGAAAUGAUUUGCUCACCGAAGAUGCGGAUACACCACCAGAGGAGAUUGUAUACGAUGUGAUGAGCGGUCCCACUUUGGGAGUGCUCAAAAAGAUCACAAACGAUGGGCGAACCGAGGAUCUCUUGGCUUUCUCAAAUCAAUUUACCCAAGCGGAUAUAAACAACGAUCGCAUAAUAUAUGUGCACUUUGGCAUACCGCAGUCCACGACAUUUUGCUUCACUGUAUCCGAUGGACAAUUCAAUGCUGCCUACGAAAUAUUUACUAUCAAAAUAGCUCCUAUAAGUCUGCAACCAUCAGCAAUUCAAAUUCCAGUGAGAGUUCAACAAGGAGCUAAUAGUGCUCCAAUGAAACUGGAUCAAAUAGGAAUGUCUACCAAUGUUCAAUUGGAGAGGUUAUCCUAUAACAUCACAAACUCACCGCUAUUCGGGAUUAUAGUUUUCAAGCAUCAGCCAACUUUGAGAUUUACCCAACACCAGUUGGAAACAUCGCAGAUUAGUUAUAUGCAAACCGAUUUGAAUCGAUCGAAUGACUCCUUCCAGGUGAGUGCCUAUGUGCCGGGAACCAAUUAUGCGGCUCAAGUGGAUGUUGUGAUGGAGGUUGAGCCUGUAAUUCAAAUCAAUAAUAUAGUGAUGAAAGAAGCUGAUUCGGUGGGAGGUAAAAUAAAGCUCAUCACCUCUUUGGACAACGAUAAUCCACUUUCUCUGAAGCUCAAUAAAUUUAAUCCCAAGUUUGUGAUCACAAGGAUGCCUUCAACUGGCCAAAUCAGGAAGAUAAUCCGAAGUACUGGUCUGACGACCGAUGGCCAGAAUGAGAGAUCCACGAAUCUAUUCUCCUACAAAGAGCUGCGAAGUGGUGUUGUCUACUUUGUGCCCCAUGAAUCUGUAGACGAAACGGAGGCGGAUAAUGAUAGUUUUGAUUAUCAACUGCUUAUAAAGACAGUACAGCCUGCACAGGCAACUGUAUCGAUUGAAUAUAGAAGUAGGGUCGAGGAAACGGAGACCGUUCACUUGGGAAAUGCCGGUUUAUCUAUUAACUAUCUAGCCAUAGGAUGUGCCAUAUUUAUAGUGCUGAUCUGUCUGCUAAUCGUGCUGUUGAUAUUGAAAAUCAGAAAGCUGAGAAAGCACAAGGCCGAUAUAUCCAAGGAUCAGCCGCCUGCGCUGCCUUGUCCACCGGACUUGACAUCCGUGAGUCCGCAGCACCACCUGCACCACCAUCAUAGCCAUCAUUAUGCAAGUUCCGAGGCGGAUUCGGUGCCGGCAACUGGAAACUCGACACCAUUACCCGGCUUCAGUAAUAUUCCUCAUUGCAAGAUCAUACCCGUGGAGUCGUAUAAGCACGAGUUUCCCGACUACGAUCCCGACGAGGAGGAGACUGACGAUCAGUGCGAUCCGCAGCAGAUGAUGCUGCCGCAGCGAUAUAAUCCCUAUCAUCUGGAACACGAUGCCUGGAGCUCGUCCUGCGAUAUGGCGAAUGAUUUUGCGGGCUAUGCCUCCGUGCCGCAAAGUAUUUCCGGAUCGGUCAGUUCUCCGCCCUCGGCCCCGCCCACAAAUCCACUGCUAAGGCGGAAUCAGUAUUGGGUGUGAGGUAGAUGGCCGGAAAAGCUUGAAAAAAGGGAUCCAAAUUUCAAAACCGGGAGAAGUUUUUAAAUUUGUAUUGCAAUUAGUCCUAGAUUAUUUAUUUAAGUCUAAGCUUACGUUUAAGGCUGAUUUAUGAGAUUCGUAAGGAAAAGUGAAGCAUUUCAUACACAAACAAAUUAAUAAUAGUAUGUAAACAAACAUACAUACAUAUCUGACGUGUCAUAUACAAACGAUUAGCAGUAAGGACGAAAACAAGAGUUAUACUCAAAAAGCCAACUUAACUUAGCCUUAGCAUUGUGUUUGCCAACAUGGACAACUUUUUACAAUAAAUGACAAUAAUUUUAAGCGUACUUUCGUUGUUUUAUUUAACAAUUUUAAUUUUUUCCAGUUAUUACCUAUUCUAUUGGACAGGACAAAAAUCAUUGGGGUUAGUAAUCAAACUGCAAACGAUAGUGAGUAGCUUGAAUCAUAAAUUCUUGUUAACAAUCAAAAAAUUUUUAUCAAUGCAGAACAUAUUAUGAACCAGAAAAUCUUUCUAAUUUUAUAAUGUUAAUCUUGGUUGUUAGAUUUUUUUUGACAUUUUAAUGAAUUGCUGAAAAUAUUUUUUUUAACAACUUUGCCCAGAUGACAUUUUUAAUAUACAUAAAAACUUAUUUAGAUAAUAUUUAUUUCAUAAAAGUUCUAAGAUCUCAAUAGUUACAGUUUGUACAUAGUUGUCUUUUAAGAAAAACGUUUUUUUCAA